AUGCUGCGUGGCUCCAGGAGGAAAUGUAAAAAGUCGACAAAGUCGGAGGAGACCAGGUUGAUGGAGAAUGGAGCGGCCGACGAGAGUCAGACGCGGGCCAUGGUGCAAGCUAAAGGCUUGCCGGCGGCGACCGAGGCCCCUGCCCCUCCCCGCAUUCGGCCCAGGCUGAUAUUCCACACACAGCUGGCUCACGGCAGCCCCACCGGCAGGAUCGAGGGCUUCACCAACGUUAAGGAACUGUACACCAAAAUCGCAGAGGUCUUCGAAAUCUCACCGACAGAGAUUCUGUUCUGUACAUUAAACACUCACAAGGUAGACAUGCAGAAGUUAUUGGGAGGCCAGAUUGGACUGGAGGAUUUCAUCUUCGCCCAUGUAAAAGGACAAAUGAAAGAAGUGGAGGUGACAAAGUCGGAAGAUGCUCUUGGUCUGACCAUCACAGACAAUGGGACGGGCUAUGCCUUCAUUAAGAGGAUUAAAGAAGGUAGCACGAUCGACAGAAUCAAGACUGUUUGCGUCGGAGACCACAUAGAAGGAAUAAACAAUCAAACUAUCGUGGGCUGUCGACAUUACGAAGUUGCCAAGAUGUUGAAAGAAUUGCCUAAAGGUCAACCGUUUUUGCUUGCGUUAGUGGAACCAAGGAAAGCAUUUGAUAUGAUCGCUCGAAGGACAAAGUGCGCUAAGUCCACGGGUGAAGCAAAAGUUGGAAGCGGACGGGAAACUUUGCGUUUAAGGUCAAAGGGCUCUGCCACUGUGGAAGAGGCUCCAACAGAGUUCGAAGAACGAGCGACCAGAAAAGUGGACGAUCUGUUGGAAAUUUACAUGGGCAUCAGAGACGUAGAGUUAGCUGCAACUAUGGUGGAAACCGGAAAAGAUAAGAAGAAUCCAGAUGAGUUCGCAGAGGCUUUGGACUCCGUCCUCGGUGAUUUUGCGUUUCCGGAUGAAUUUGUUUUUGAUGUUUGGGGGGCAAUAGGAGAUGCCAAAAAUGGUCGAAUCUAACACGAGUAGGUAUAAUGUGCAGAAUUCCUCCAACUAUGGGUAUGGUCUGACUCCUUGACUUUUCCCUGCCUUCAGAAGUAAGCACUUUUAAUCAACGUUGGAUAAUCUGAACUUUGAUUACCGCAUGUAAUUAGAAAUAAAAAAGACAUAAUUUCAGUUUAUAGACAAAAAAAGCAGGAGUAACUCAGCGAGUCAGGCAGCAUCUCUGGAGAAAAGGAACGGGUGACAUUUUGGGUCGAGACCCUUGUUCCCGAAACGUCACCUAUUCCUAUGAGCCUCACUUUGAAGGAUGAAUGCAGAUUGUAUUCUUUUGAUUACAGCCAGCCUUACAAUGAGUGUCAUCGUGGCAUGAUACAACAUCGAAUCGAGAUUCUUUAUUGUUUUGCAAGUCUCCAGCACAGAUCAGGAAAGUCCUGUCAUGCAGUUGACCAUGGGGAA